AUGACACAGUGUCAUGACAAUUAUGAUAUGAAGGGAGAGAAAAUUGGAGAGAGGGGUCCGUGCGACUGUCAUUGUCAGGCGUACUGCGUUCUUGGAGAGGUCGAUGAUAGCUACAAAAACCAUACGAUAUGGAUUGAGGAAGCGUCGAACUCGAGAAAGGAGUCGCGAGUAUAUCGGGUAAAAUGCUCCGGAGAACCAAUUCCUUCAUCAUAUAGGCCAACGAUACUGCACCUGUUUGACGCGCUUGUCGAAAGUACUGUUGGAAAGACGAAUCUGGAUCUCAACAAAAACAUUACAAUCGAUCUUCUCAUAAAAAAUGACAAAACCAAGGAAGACGUCGUUGCGCAAUGGCGUGACAUCAAUGGAUUUAUCGUGUCUGACAAGCACCGUUUUGAAGAAGUGCAGGUUGUUGGAAAGAUGGUGUUACGUGGUGGUCUCGUGUGUGGAUACGCCCUUGUCUGCAAAAAUCGCGUACUGCUUUGUUACGCUGAUGACGAAGAAUCUUUCAAGCAACUUAUCUCAUCUGUCGCCGAAGAUAUCGAUGAUGACCAAUGUAAAAUGUUCCUGAGAUUUGAAUCUCAUGCUGCCACUCAACGAAUCAUCGAGAACGCUACGGAAAGAAAAGAAGUGAUGCGACUGCAUACGCGUACGAAUCUGAACGGCAUCAAAUGGAGCCUAAUCUACUGCUCGAAUAAUGGCCUGCACAUUUUCUGA